AUGAAUAAACAAGACAAAGAGAACAUCAAAUUGAUUUUAGUUGGAGACAGUGGUGUUGGAAAGACCAGUAUUGUGUCAAGAUACGUAAACGAUACAUACAACGGGAAGGAGCAACCGACUAUAGGUGUGGAUUUUCUCUCAAGAGCCGUCGACAUUGAUGGCAAGACAUUUCAUUUUGCGAUAUGGGAUACAGCUGGGGAUGAAAAGUAUGACAGUUUGACUCGACUGUAUUAUCGAUUUGCAGCGGGCGUGUUUAUAGUGUUUUCGAUCAACGACACCACGUCAUUCUCCAAAGUUGAAACCUGGAUCGAAAGAGUUCUUUCUGUCGAGAAAAACGCACAACUAGUAAUCAUUGGAAACAAGUCUGAUUUAAGAAAAGAAGACCCACCAACACAACAACUUGUACCUAUUGAUCAGAUACUAAAUAUUGGUGUUAAAUAUGAGUGCCCUGUUAUCGAGGUCUCAGCACUAACAGGAGAGAAUGUCCCACAAAUGUUUCAGAUCAUGUACGAAACCCUCGCUCCAAAAAUUGAUGCUGGAACAUUCGAAAGUGAGCACAAAAGUGAUAAUGUCGAAAUUUCACAACAACCAGCCCAACAGCAGAAAAGGUGUUGUUGA